AUAUGUUGUUGGUUUUCACUCGUUUUCUCUCUCUUUCUGUCUCUGCUUCUCAAUUUCUCAAAUUUGUUUGCAUUUCCAUUCCAUGUGCGCACCAACACUGCUUGCAGCUUCCCAUCUCCUUCAUCUUCCAUCGGGCCACUUCUUCUUUUCUCUGAUCGGUUGAAUGGUAUCUGAAAUCUAUUGUAGAUGUCUAACAUCCUUCUUGACAAUCUUAGUGUGUUUUAUUUGCUGAGUAUUUCAGAGCUAUGACAAAGAAUUCGCCUUCAGGAGCAUAGUUUUUGGCUGUUCCUAGCUAAGCAAUGGUUGCAGAUUCAUGGUUUCGUAGUCUGUGGAGGACUCCUCGGAAGCAUGAUGCUAAUUCCGAGAAGGUGAUUGGAGUGUUAGCAUUUGAGAUAGCAAGCCUGAUGUCCAAGUUAGUUAAUUUAUGGCAAUCGUUGAGUGAUAAACAGAUUGCUAGGUUGAGAGAGGAGAUCACAAAUUCAAUUGGCAUAAGAAAGCUUGUUUCAGACGAUGAUCAUUUCAUUGAACGAUUGAUCUGUAUGGAGAUAGUUGAGAAUAUGGCACAUGUAGCCGAGUCUGUGGCUAGGCUUGCAAAGAAAUGCAGUGAUCCGAUUUUGAAAGGUUUCGAGAACAUCUUUUAUGGGUUUAUCACUAAGGGUGCUGAUCCAUAUGGGUGGGAAUUCCCUUGCAAGAAGAUGGAAAAAAAUAUUAAAAAGAUGGAAAAGUUCAUAUCAACUAAUGCAAGCUUGUAUCAAGAGAUGGAGGUGCUUGCUGAUCUGGAGCAAGCUCUUACAAGAGUUAAGUCUAAUGGUGAGUUGGAUGGUGUCAGUCUAAGCGAGUAUCAGAAGAAAGUUACAUGGAAGAGGCACGAGGUGAAGAACUUGCGGGAUAUUUCUCUGUGGAACAGGACAUACGAUUACACAAUACAUCUUUUGGCAGGAUCCUUAUUCACAAUAUUCUGUAAGAUCAACCAUGUAUUUGGAAUUCAAGAGAUGGUAGAUGAUGGUGGAGCUAAUAAUUCAAGUGUCUUAAAUUCUGAUUUCAUUAAUAGAAGUCAUUCAGUUUCUUCAUUAUUGCAAUCUUCAUUCCACCCAUCACAGAAUAAUAUUGCCAGAUUUUCUUCAGGACCCCUUCAUACUAUUACUGCUAGUGCUAGUGCUAGAUCAGGUCCAAUUGUUAGAACAAAUAAAACCAUUUCUCAUUCAGGUCCCCUUGGUGACUCAUCAACAAAGUCAGGCCCAAUUUUAGGAAAACAUACCAAUGUCAAUUUUUACUCGGGUCCCCUUGCAAGGACUGCGAAUCAAUCAGUCUCGGUUACUAGAACAAAUAAAAAGAACAAGAUUUGGAAGUUUUAUAAACACUCCGCCGCCAUAAGUGGGAAGGAAACUCACGCAAGACAUAGUCGAAUGACUCAAGUUGGACCUUUCAAAGGAUGUAUGGCUUGGGACAGUUCCUCUGUCGCCGACUGUCAUUCAAGUGUAAGUGGUGUUCAUUAUGGAAUUCAGAAUCACAAAGAAAAUUUGAACCCUCUUGGUCUUGGCAAAGUCGUUCGCCAUACUCAAUCAAUCUUCAAAUCUCUGUGCAAGCUAUUAAAUCCUCCACCUGAAACACUUGGUGCAGUUGCUUUAUCCCUGCACUAUGCAAAUGUUAUCAUUGUGAUUGAGAAGCUAGCAGCGUCUCCACACUUGAUCGGUCUCGAUGCAAGAGAUGACCUGUACAACAUGUUACCAAGACGUGUGAGAGUUGCCCUCAAGGCCAAGUUAAAGCCGUAUACCAAGACAAUGGCAUCAUCAUCGGUCUACGACACAAGUCUAGCAGGAGAAUGGAAUGAAGCAAUGUCAAGCAUAUUGGAAUGGUUGGCACCGCUUGCUCAUAACAUGAUAAGGUGGCAAACUGAGAGGAGUUUUGAGCAGCAGAGCUUUGUUUCACGAACGAAUGUGCUGCUGGUACAAACUCUUUACUUUGCGAAUCAAGAAAAGACGGAAGAAAUAAUCACCGAGCUUCUUGUGGGUCUGAAUUAUGUCUGCAAAUAUGGCAGGGAGGUCAAUGCAAAAGCUCUGGCAGAGUGUGGCAGUUUUAGGGUUGGUAAUGAGUAUCUGAAUCUGAAUCUGAAUGGAUGAACACUUUGUAGUAAGGUAAUGGCCGUUGACCACAUGAGUAUAGUUCCUUGCCAGGGACUGGAAUGAGGACUUGGAGAAAUCCCAAUUGUCUUCUUGAAGCAACAAAUGAAAAUGAAAUGGUAGUUGAAAUAUGGGAGAGAUAAGUAAUUCAUGGAAAUUUAGGAUCAAUGUGUUUCUGGUGAGGUUUUUUUUUUGUUGAGCAUUUAUUGUUGAUUCUCUUUGAUGAGUUUUCAAGCCACUAGAACUAGAACUUCGAUGGCAGGCCUCGACUUUGCAAUGUUGGCCUUCUUCCUCUUUGAAGAGUUCCUACAUGGUGUUUAGGGUGUGCAUAUCUAUAAGCAUCAUUAUAUAUUAAAUUGUAUAGUGCUAUCACACGUUGAUGAUUGGUUAUUUAUUUUUUUCUCUGUAUCUUCUGAUUUGUCAGGCAAAAAAUAUUAAGUGCCGUGAUGUUCUCUCUUUUAUGCAACAAUUGCACAAAUUGAAAUGUUUGUCUCAUUGUGUAGUAUAACAAUAGCUCUAUGAAAAUGGUAGACGCUCUUACAAA